AGCCGCCCUAUAUAAGAAGAGGACAAAGGCGGCGCGCCGCCUGUGUCAUCCGCCAUCUUGUGCGAAGCAAGGUGGCAUCCACGUUCCCUAAACGUCUUCUCCGCUUUUGCCUCGACCGCCCCUUGAUCACAGACAUGUCUCGGGACCGGUUCCGAAGCCGGGGCGGUGGCGGUGGUGGCUUCCACCGACGCGGAGGAGGAGGCGGCCGCGGCGGCCUCCACGACUUCCGCUCCCCGCCGCCCGGCAUGGGCCUCAAUCAGAAUCGCGGACCCAUGGGGCCCGUGCCGGGCCAAGGUGGCCCCAAGCCUCAGAUCCCGCCACCGCCUCCGCACCAGCAACAGCAGCAGCCACCGCCGCAGCAGCCGCCGCCGCAGCAGCCGCCGCCGCUUCAGCCCCCGCCGCACCAGCCGCCCCAUCAGCAGCCGCCGCACCAGCAGCCGCCGCCGCCGCCACAGGACUCAUCUAAGUCUGUCGUUCCUCAAGGACCCGGUUCGGCUCCCGGAGUAGGCAGCGCCCCUCCGGCCACCGGCUCGGCGCCGCCCGCCACACCCCCGACCUCGGGGGCCCCCACGGGGCCAGGCCCCACCCCGACCCCGCCGCCCGCUGUCACCUCGGCCCCCCCAGGUGCGCCUCCACCGGCUCCGCCGAGCAGUGGGGUGCCCAGCACCCCCCCUCAGGCUGGGGGCCCGCCGCCUCCACCACCUGCAGGGGGCCCGGUGCCUGGGCCUAAGCAGGGCCCGGGACCCGGCGGCCCCAAGGGCGGCAAAAUGCCAGGCGGGCCGAAGCCUGGCGGCGGCCCGGGCCUAACUACUCCUGGCGGCCACCCUAAGCCACCGCACCGAGGUGGCGGGGAGCCCCGUGGGGGCCGGCAACACCAUCCACCCUACCACCAGCAGCACCACCAAGGGCCGCCGCCCGGAGGGCCUGGCGGCCGCAGCGAAGAGAAAAUUUCGGACUCCGAGGGGUUUAAAGCCAACUUGUCACUCCUGAGGAGGCCUGGAGAGAAAACUUACACCCAGCGUUGUCGGUUGUUUGUUGGUAAUCUACCUGCAGACAUCACGGAGGAUGAAUUCAAAAGACUUUUUGCUAAAUAUGGAGAACCGGGAGAAGUUUUUAUAAACAAAGGCAAAGGAUUUGGAUUUAUUAAGCUUGAGUCUAGAGCGUUGGCCGAAAUAGCUAAAGCUGAACUUGAUGAUACACCCAUGAGAGGUAGACAGCUUCGGGUUCGAUUUGCUACACAUGCUGCUGCCCUUUCUGUUCGAAAUCUUUCACCUUAUGUUUCCAAUGAACUGUUGGAAGAAGCCUUUAGCCAGUUUGGUCCUAUUGAAAGGGCUGUUGUAAUAGUGGAUGAUCGUGGAAGAUCUACAGGGAAAGGCAUUGUUGAAUUUGCUUCCAAACCAGCAGCAAGAAAAGCAUUUGAAAGAUGCAGUGAAGGUGUUUUCUUACUGACAACAACUCCUCGUCCAGUCAUUGUGGAACCACUUGAACAGUUAGAUGAUGAAGACGGUCUUCCUGAAAAACUUGCCCAGAAGAAUCCAAUGUAUCAAAAGGAGAGAGAAACCCCUCCUCGUUUUGCCCAGCAUGGGACAUUUGAGUAUGAGUAUUCUCAGCGGUGGAAGUCCCUUGAUGAAAUGGAAAAACAGCAGCGGGAACAAGUUGAAAAAAACAUGAAAGAUGCAAAAGACAAAUUGGAAAGUGAAAUGGAAGAUGCCUAUCAUGAGCAUCAGGCAAAUCUUUUGCGUCAAGAUCUAAUGAGACGCCAGGAAGAAUUAAGACGCAUGGAAGAACUGCACAAUCAAGAAAUGCAGAAACGUAAAGAGAUGCAAUUGAGGCAAGAGGAAGAACGACGUAGGAGGGAAGAAGAGAUGAUGAUUCGUCAACGUGAGAUGGAAGAACAGAUGAGACGCCAAAGAGAGGAAAGUUAUAGUCGGAUGGGCUAUAUGGAUCCAAGAGAAAGAGACAUGAGAAUGGGUGGUGGAGGAGCAAUGAACAUGGGAGAUCCCUAUGGCUCAGGAGGCCAGAAAUUUCCACCUCUAGGUGGUGGUGGUGGCAUAGGUUAUGAAGCUAAUCCUGGAGUUCCACCGGCAACAAUGAGUGGUUCCAUGAUGGGAAGCGACAUGCGUACUGAGCGCUUUGGGCAGGGAGGUGCGGGACCUGUGGGUGGACAGGGUCCUAGAGGAAUGGGGCCUGGAACUCCAGCAGGAUAUGGUAGAGGGAGAGAAGAGUAUGAAGGCCCAAACAAAAAACCCCGAUUUUAGAUGUGAUAUCUAGGCUUUCAUUCCAGUUUGUUUUUGUCUUUUCUUGUUUAGAUACCAAUCUUUUAAAUUCUUGCAUUUUAGUAAGAAAGCAACCUUUUUAUGGAUGUUAGCAGUUUAUUGACCUAAUAUUUGUAAAUGGUCUGUUGGGACAGGUAAAAUUAUGUAAUGCAGUGUUUGCAACAGGGGGAUUUUUUUUUCCUUUCUUUUUUUUUUUUAAACUGUAUAAUGUCCCUCAAGUUAUGGCAGUGUACCUGUGCCACUGAAUUUCCAAAGUGUACCAAUUUUUUUUUUACUGUGCUUCAAAUAAAUAGAAAAAAUAGUUAUGAUAUUGAUCUUCAACUUUGCCAUUCAUGCUUCUAUGCACAUUAGGCUAGGUAUUCCACUUGGAAAGCAUAAGAGUGUCUAGGCCUUUGAAUGGCAUAUGCCAUUUCUGGGAAAUGUUAUUUGUAGGCUAAGUAUUGCUUUCUACUUAUAAGUACCCCCUUGUUUUAAAAAGAAGAAAUGCUUAUUGAAGUAGUUUCAUGAUUUGAUUUGUUUGGCAAGGAAGCAAGCUGGUGCUGAGUAUUUUUAAAUGGCUAUGUAAGCAAAGCUGAACUGUAAAUCUUCAUUCAGGAAUAUGUAUCAAGAUUAUGGAACGGGUGUAAGACUAUUGAUAGGGGGAGAAAGUGGGUAUGACUUAAAUGGAUCUUUUAUGGCCCUAUGAUCUAUUCUUUCCUUGAAAGUUGCUGAAGAAAAAGUGGAAAGAUCAUUUUGUUGCAUUCCUCCAUUCUUGUUUUUUAAAAAACGAGUCCCAAGCCCUACAAACGGCUUGUAUUGAACUUUCACAUUUGAAUUAAAGAUUGUUAAACAUGAAGCCUUUUCAUGUAUUACUUUUAAGUGAUUUAUAAAGGUGGAGUUUAGAGUGAAUAAUUCAAUUAAAAAGAGGUUUAGUUAAUCAUGAAGUAGGUUAGAAAUGUAUAUACUUGUACUCUUUUACAUCUCCUUGUGCUACUUCUAUUGGGCAAAAUCUGUAGGACUAUGGAGAAAACCUGUUCUGUUUUCUAAGAGCUUGUAGUGACUGUUAAUAACACAGGGUUGCAGAGAACCAUUGUUACAAACAUUUUUGUUUUUCAUAGUUUCCUUUUGAUGUGGCACAAAAUCUGGAGAGAGUUGCUUGUGCUGCACAGUGCAGAUGUUCCUUCUCCCACCAUAAAGCUUUUGGAGUGUUUCGAUGGUGUUGUCAGUUUAACGUCAACUUCAUUGACUCUCCUUCCAUCAGAGACAUUUUGACUCACUGAUGAAAUAGUUUGUUACUGGUGUCUGUUAGUACAUUGGGAACACCUGCUUUCCCAGUGUAUAUACAAGCAGAGGAACAAUUUCCUACAAGUAGGAAAAGUAAUUGAAUGGUUUGGCUUUGAUUUUCGCUAUGUUUCCAUUCAAAUUUGUACAUUAUAGAACUCUUAAACUGUGGAAUGUCUUCCUCUUUUUCACCUCUUAGUGUUAAUUGGCAAAAGUAAAAUUCUAAAUCAAGUCUUUGUUUAAAUGCUGAAGUAAGUUUAGUAUUGUGCUUGAGUACAAAGGGAAACCUAUAGUGGAAACAGCUGAGCACUGUGCAUAGGGAACCUGUUAAUAAAUACUGGUGGAGUAUAAAGGCAUGCCACCAAAUUCUGGUUGUGUGACUGACAGGUGCCUGGUGUGCUAAUUAAGGGAGAGAAUCUCAUUCGAAAAUGUUCAUUAUUUCUGUUCACCAAGACACUUGGAAAUGAGUAGUUCUACCAUAAUUAUGUCAUAGGAGGAAGUUUUGUCCCAAGUCAUUAAUUGGUGAUAAUGUAUGAGAUUUUCUGUACUGGAAACAAGGGUCUUGAUUUGAAAGGAGUCCAUUACAAUUUGAAUUGUGUGGUAGGGACUCCCGCUAAUGAAAAGAAAAUAAGGGGUGUUCAUGGGACACCCACAGAGGGUGAACUUGAAUGUGUGGGUGGGGGCUGGUGGGGAAAUGGGAAAAUCUGCCUAUAAAAUUAAUGUUUCAGUUUAUUUUUCAGAUUACAUGCCUUUCUUUGUAAGGGAUGCUGGCACAGACCCCUAAAAUAAGCUUUUCGUAGUACUGUACCUUUGAAGAGUGGUGAAGGAUGCUAAUGGAUUAUCUCCUGAAAGUUGUGGUUUUGAUAGCCUUACUGUGUAGAAUUGCUAAACAUUGUUUAGCAAGUAAUGUUGCUUAGUUUUAACUAAGUUUUGACUUUUAUCACUGAAAUAGCAGUGUAUCAAGGGUUGUAAGCUACUCAGACUUUCAACAAGUCUUGCAGUGUAUAUGAUAGCCUAAUGUGAACUUAAAUCAUCUUAAAAAGUAGAUUCCUAAAAGCUGAUUUACGAAACUUGGGGUGGGAAAGGGAAGGUAAUAGUUGAGAGGUAUUUUGGCCAUUCUUCUCAUUUAAAGAAAGCACCUGCCCCCAUUUCCUCUUCUCCACUUUCUCUCAUAAUUUUAAGAGGAACACUUGAUUGUUUUAAAACUAACUGCUCCUCUUAUUACUCCUUAUCUUUAAAAACUGCAUUCUCUAAGAGAUCCCAGUGUAUUUAGUAGGUACUUUAGAAACUUAACCCAUUGGCUCAUGUUUAGUGAAACCAUAAUCCUCUUCGCUUAAAACACUAAUUAAACUUCUAAGAAGUACUUGUAAACCCCACCACUCUUUAUUAGAUGUAUUAUAUCACUAAUAUAAAUAGACAAUAAUUUGGGAAAUUGUAAUGUUACGCCUGUGCAAUUUUUGUAAGUGGCAUAUCAUGGCAGAUAAAAAUUUAGAUACUUGGCUUUUCUUGGGCAAGCCACUACGUUUGUGGUGGAAUAUUUUCUGGUGUUCUUGGACUGCAAUUGUGCACUAUUAAAGUAGUGGCCUGCUACAUAACUGCAUUUAGCCAGCAUUUCUGCAGUGCGUAACUGUGAGGAACGUAGUACCGCAAAUGGCAAUGGACAUUAGGACCCGGAUGUAGUAUUCCUGCUUGCUCCGAGAUUCUCAUUGCCGACUGCAUACAGGUAGGUAACAAGCAAUAUAAUCUAACUUGGUGACUUGCUAUGUACUUUUAUUCCGUGGGCAUUCUGACAUCAUACUUCUGACAAUGAAAUUACAGUGCAGCACCUAACACGUGUAUGAUAAAGCUAGCUUAUAUCAAAACUGUGUGGGUUUGGGUUUAGAGCUGUAAUUUUUCAGGCAGAAUUAAGUGCUGUUGCAGUUCUCAGAUAAAAAGUGCAAACUUGAGUAUUUGGUAUGUAUCUGAUUCAGUUGUGUGGUUUUUAGUUGCAUCGUAACUGAAGAUAACAUCAGUGGUGUGGGGGAGAGGGGACCAUACCAUAUUUGGAAAGUAGAGUACUUUUAGCAUCUUGACACAGACUGUAUAUAGCAUGUGACAAAUAGUUUCUGUUAUAGCAGACUGACCUCCCCACAGGUCAGCAAUACCAAUUUCAGAGUGUAAUCUUGGCUAUUACUCCACAGGGUUGAGUGAAUUAAAACUAAAAGUACAGUUUUUUUUUUUUGCAAUGUGAUUUGAAGAUUUUUUAAAUGGGCUCCAUGGGAACAGUUUUGUUACUAACUGGGGGCAUAGAUGGGAAUCUAACAUGAAUAGUUCAAGUUCUGUGAUUUGUCUAAAUAUGUCUAUACUCUAAACCUGGGGGAAGAUGGUGUGGCAUGUUGACUUGCCUAUUGAAUACAUGUUGGGAAUCAUUUCCCAAUUGUAAGACUUCGUCGUAUUCUGUAGGAUAACUGCAAAUGUUCAGGGUAGCUUUUUGAAUUUGGUUCCCUUAGCUUUUUAGGGAUGAGAUGUUGCAGUCCAAACUGUUCGAUUACCGAAAUAGUAAGUCUUCAAAAGCACCCUCUUUGUUGUUCAGGAUUUAAGAUUUGCAUCGACAGUUGUUCCAGACCGCAAUUCAACUGAACAUUGGUCUAUGAACUGACUUUUAGCUAGCAUGCAUGAGAAAUAGCUUUCAUGUAUAAUGUUUUCUGCUCUGUAACUGGAAAGUUUGGCUUACUUCACAUAAAUGUUGGCAAAACUCUUGACAAUUACGAGAAUUUCUUUUUGUAUCAAGAAAAAUGGCUUGCUCUUUGGCAAGCAGUUCACAUGGUGGGGACAGACUUGUAAUUUUAAUAUGUAGUCCAUUCAACCAAAUGACUUGACUUCUGCUAGAUGAAAGAACAAAUGGUGACUAGUUUAGCUCUGUAUUAGCAAUACAAUGUACAUCCAACAUAAUGCUCAGUAUUAGUGACAAUAGUGUCACGAAAUUGGCAUGCAAUUCUGAUGGGGUUUUCCUAUGGCAUAAUCCAUGAAGUUGGUAGCCAACACUUGGCUCCCGUGGCUCAGUGAUUGUUUAGAAAUAAAAGAUCAGGUUUAUUUCUUAACAGUCAAUAGCUCUUUUGAGAGAAUGUACUUGGUAUAUGGACAUCAUCGGGUUGGGGGGUAAUUUUGCUUCAUUCUGCUUAUUUCAAGAUGAAUAGGUUUUGCACUUUCAAUGAGAAACCUGUGACUUAAGUUGAUUCUUACUAGCUUUGAUUUGUAUGUAGCUGUAAUUUGUGAAUUUUAGUGCAGAGGGUCUUCUUAAAAAUCAGUCAAAAUGGGAUAAAUGGGUUUCAAUAGUAACUAUAUCCCAGGUGCUUGCAUUGUAUUUCAUAGUCUUUUCUUAUUACAAACAGAAAUUAUUUUUAAUGACAGUGGUCGCAAGUUCAGAGGUGUGAUGCCAGAAUGCAUUUUCGUACUGUUAGGCCCUUGGGAAUAGAUACCGGUGCUUUAUGAAAGAUGAAAGAAAUGCAAUGGGUGCUCUUCAUAUAAGGUUGCAAAACCUACAAAGAAUGCAUAAUAGUCUCAUUUUUCCCGAUAAAGAGAUGCGUGUGACUAGUUUUGGACUUUUAACCUUAAUGGGGGUUGCAUGUUUCUUAUUGUUAAUCAUUGUCAGCUGCAGUGACAUGAUCCACAGUCCUGCAUUUACUGCUUUAACAGUAAUGAUUUUGGAUAGGUUUUAGAGAGCUGGGAUGUUUGUUCUGGGCCUUUAUUUGGUUUGGGCUUUAGCUGAUAACGUUUCAGUGCUCUGUCAGCUAGUGCAGUUCUCAAAUGGCUGCCUGUUAGGGAAAGAAUUCAGAGGAUUUGGCUGCUCCUAAUCAUCUGUCAUUGCUGCUAGAUAAUGAUUGGCAAUUUCUAAGACUCAACUGUGGAAAUCACAGUUGUUGGUAAACCAUCAAACAUAAAUGUUGCUUUUGAACACCAGUGCUGAAAAGAUUUUAUUCAGAGGGUGAAAGGGGGGCUGGAUGCAGAAUAGGAUAAUCUGGAGAAUGGAGGAAGAAUGCAAAACGAUAUAGUAUCCCUUAUGGAUGGUACAUGUGCAACAGGGAACUAUUUCAUAUACCCUUGGCAGUCUCUGAUAAUCAGGGAGGAAGAAAAACCUGGAAUUUGGAUUAAGGCUGAUCUUUCUGGUUUUUGUGAACUGUGGCUCUGCCAGGCAUAUAUAGUGAAGGUGAAUGUCUUCUCCCUCAGAAAAACUCAGGUUCCUUGCUGUCCUGAUAAGGCAUAGCUUCCCUGCCAUAACUUAAAACUCAGUGAGGACUUAAGAGGGAAAGAAUGAGGCAAAUAUAUAGGAUUGCAGGAUAACAACUGCAUUGUUGUGUACUGUGGAACGGGGAGGGCACUCUUGGAGGACUCCUGCUGAAGGUGGUCAGUCCACCUAAGAAUGGAAGACAUACUUGGUGGGGAGCAGGGUAUGUGCUUUUCUAUGAAAAGAGCCGAUGUUAAAACUCAUUUGGUAAGGUAAACGUUGUCACAUACCUUCACAUAAGGGAUAGUAUAUUUUGGGUUGCAGUCAAACUUCAUUGUGCUCAGACUGGUGAAAAUACAGAUAGGCUUUUGUAAAUACAAAGAAGAUACAGUUCUCAUUCUAAUUCAGGUGUCUACUGCUACUUCAGAAUGAUAUUAGAUUCCACCCCCACCCCCCCAUGAAGUUUCUUCCUAUUUUUUAUGCUGUAACUUGCCCCCAAUCUUUGUUUCUGGAAUUUUACUCUUUAAAUUUUGAAAUUAACUAGCAUUUCAAAUCUUCAUGCCCUUGUCUUUUAUAUUAACUAUUUCCUAUUAUUCUUUAGGUAAGAAUGAUUGAUGUUGGCUGAUAACUGGAGUGCUCAUUCACUUGAAGUGGAUAUAAGUUCUCAAGACUUCACACAGCAUGAGUUGAUCAAGAAGGAAAGCCACAACUUGUUAGACUGAUGCAGUAUCGAGGAUCACGUGAACUGUGUCCUGAAAACCAGUGAGGAAAAGAGCAAAGAGAGGAAUCAACCUGUUGUUGAAUAAAAAUGUUUCAAGAUGGGA